AGCUUCUUCAAAACCCUCAUCGACCACGAGGUCACGGUCGAGCUCAAGAAUGAUAUCCAGAUCCGCGGCGUCCUCAAGAGCGUCGAUCAGUACCUCAACAUCAAGCUCGACAACAUCCAGGUUCUGGAGGAAAUCAAGUACCCGCACAUGAGCGCUGUUAAGAACGUCUUCAUCCGCGGCUCAGUGGUCCGGUAUGUGCACCUGCCCGCGAACGCAGUGGAUGUGCCGUUGCUGGAGGACGCCACAAGGAGA